AAAAAAAAAUGUUCUCUUUGUUGUUUCCGCGGUCACCUUUGUGCACAGUAGCGAUAGUAUUCUACACUUUUGUGUGCAUUCCCUUAGAGAGGUUGAAGAAGCAGUGUGGAGUUGCUGAACCGCAACACGAUGAUGGUUACCACCUACCCGGUUUCAUGUUUGGGGACAAGCAAAAGAAGAAUGAAGAGGAAGAGAAGAUAUGCUGCUCAAUAUGCCUUGUGGACUAUGAAGCUGAAGACGCAGUGACACAUCUCCCAAGAUGCAAUCAUCUAUUCCAUAUCAAUUGCAUUGAACCUUGGCUUCUUAGUGGCCAUCUCACUUGCCCUCUCUGCAGAUCUUUUGUAUUCUCUCCUCCUACUGCACGCAUCAAUGUCAAUACUUCCCCCUUCUCUUUCACUUUCUAUCUCUCUUUCUUUUUUUGCUUGUUGUUUGUCCAUCACCUUGCUUGGAUGCUUGUUGUAGCCUUUCAUUCCUUGUUAAUAUACCCAUUCUUUUAUUUUACAUAUACUGCAUUGUUUUGUCAUUAUUACCAUGCACUGUUGUACAUAAUGCGUUAAUUCCUACGUAUCAAAGACUCUGAUUAUGAAGUACUUAACGGUAUAUGACUGAGCAAAAAAAAUAAAAAUCCAAAAUCCGAAUA